AAUGGGCCUAAGUCCAACAAUGAAAACCAAUAUAAUUGUCCACUCUAAAAAUCUAAAACCCUAAUUUCAAAAACAAAACUGUAUGAAAAAACCCUAGCGUCUCCAAUAACCAGCAAUUUGCGUCCGCCUUUGAUCUUCUGCAACCAUGAUGAAAAUUAAGACCCCAAAGAAAGGAAGAGUCAAAAGGGAACUAGAUAAACGAGCCCCAAAGCUCGUGGAAACAGGAAAGAAAACACUGAUACUUCAAGGAACAAAGACGAGUGGCACAUUGAAUAGUGUUUUGAGUGAAAUUUACCAUUUAAAAAAAGGUGGAGCUGUGAGAUUUACAAGGAAGAAUGAUAAUAUAAGGCCAUUUGAAAGUGGGGGUGAAACUUCUUUAGAAUUCUUUUCUCUCAAAACUGAUUGCAGUAUCUUUGUUUAUGGUUCACAUUCGAAGAAGCGACCUAACAAUCUAGUUCUAGGGCGAAUGUAUGAUCACCAUGUAUACGAUCUCGUAGAGGUUGGGGUUGAGAAUUUUAAAUCCAUUGAAUCAUUCACUUAUGACAAGAAGAUAGCACCUCGGGUUGGAUCUAAGCCUUUCAUUGCUUUCAUUGGAGAAGGAUUCGAGAAUGUAGAUGAGCUGAAACAUUUGAAGGAAGUUUUGCUUGAUCUUUUACGAGGAGAGGUUGUGGAGAAUAUAAACCUUGCUGGAUUGGACCGUGCUUACAUAUGUACAGCAAUUUCUUCGAAUAAGGUAUACCUUACGCAUUGUGCCCUUCGGUUAAAAAAGUCUGGCACUGUAGUUCCGAGGAUGGAACUCGUUGAAGUAGGCCCUUCCAUGGAUUUGGUGGUUCGACGUCACCGUCUACCAAAUGAAGGCUUGAGGAAAGAAGCAAUGAAAACUGCUAAAGAUCAACCUAAGAAGAAGGUUAAAAAUGUUAGCUCAGAUGCAAUACAAGGAACUAUCGGCAAGAUCUACAUUCCUGACCAGAAGGUCGGAGAAAUGGCUUUACCAAACAAAGCUAAAGGUGUGAAGAGAGAGCGCCGAGAAGCUAAGAAUAAACAGGCAAACGAACAUGCCUCAAAAAAACAGAAGGAAGAAUCUGAGUAAAGCCGUUUUGCAUGCAUGUGUGCUAAGGCGUUCAACUAUAUAAUCUAGUAAUUUUUGUUUUACGGUUUUUAUGUUGGAUUGUUGCUUUUAUUUUAACCUUAAAUUUUAUUGAAAAAAGAAAGGCAAAAAAGAAAUCUGUAACAAACUGUUGGAUGUUUUUGCCAUCCAAUUUUGGAAUAGAGGAGCAAUGAAAAGUACUCAAGUUAAAAAACAA